AUGAAUUUGGAAAACAAAACCAUCAUCACAGGCUUCAUAUUGUUGGGAUUUGGAGAUCAGUCUGAACUACAGAUUCUAUUUUUUUUACUGUUUCUUAUCAUUUAUUUUAUGACCAUGACUGGGAAUCUUCUCCUUGUUAUUUUGGUAGUGACUGAUAGGCAUCUUCAUAACCCCAUGUAUUUUUUCCUGGGAAACCUAUCCUGUCUGGAGAUCUGCUAUACCUCAACCAUCAUGCCCAGAAUGCUGUUCAGCUUCAUAACAGGGAACAGAAAUAUAACAUUUUCUGGUUGUUUUACUCAAUUGUAUGUAUUUGGGUUCCUGGUGACUACAGAAACAUGUCUUCUGUCUGUAAUGUCUUAUGAUAGGUAUUUAGCAAUUUGCCAACCACUACACUAUCAUUUCUGUAUGAAUAAGAAGGUGUGUAUCUCUUUAGCAAUUGGCUCUUGGUUAGGUGGUGGUUUUUCUGUCUCAAUAGUGGUCACAUGGAUGGCACAGUUAACAUAUUGUGGCUUCAAUUAUAUUGACCAUUUUUAUUGUGAUUUUGUCCCUCUGAGUAAGUUAAUUUGUGGUGAUACUUCACUGUUUAUCGAAAUAGCCUUUCUGUUAUGUACUGUAUUUACAUUUCCUUUAUUUAUGUUGACAAUUGCAUCUUAUAUUUUCAUUAUCUUGGCCAUUUGGAGGAUCCCUUCAACAUUUGGGAGGCAAAAGGCAUUUUCCACUUGUUCUUCUCAUCUAAUUGUUGUCACCAUUUUCUAUGGAUCAUUAAUGAUUGUUUACCUCCUGCCAGAUGACUCACUAAUAAGAGGUUCAACCAAACUUUUCUCUCUAUUCUAUACCAUUCUCAUUCCUAUGGUCAAUCCCCUCAUAUACAGUCUGAGGAACAAGGAAGUGAAAGAGGCUUUGAAAAGACUACCACAGAUAUUACUGCUAGACUUAUGA